AUUGCACUGGGAUAUGCACUAGCCAGUCUACGAUACUCCUUGCAUAUCUGAAACACCUAUCAACAUGUUCAAGCUGGUGAUUCUCUUCGCCGUCCUGGCUUACGCCUCCGCUGGUGGUAUUACUCCGCUGUACAGCAGCUACGCUCUGGGACAUGGAUAUGCUCCAACAGUGAGCUAUGCACCAACAGUGUCCUACCAUGCUCCUCUUGCUACCAGUUAUGCCAACACCUACAAGGUGGGCUAUCCAUCUAUACAUAGUGCAGUAGUGCCUCUUGUCACCCCAUCAGUAACAAAAUUCCAGUAUGGCUACCCUAACUAUUCUGCCUACAAAGUUGGAUACAGUGGUGGUUAUGGUCAUGGCCUGGGGUAUGGUCUGAGUGGUUACGGAGGAUACGGUAGCUAUGGAGGAUAUGGUGGCUAUGGAGGAUAUGGCUAUGGUCAUGGCUACGGUCUCAGCCACGGUUACGGACUAGGAUAUGGACUUGGUCACGGAUACUACCAUUAAACCCUCCAGACUUUUUUUAACGUUAAAAAGUCUUGUAUUCCAAAGUACUUAAGGACGGAUGUAAAUAGCAGUAAGACAAAUUAUGCAGUGUUCAAAUUAUCUGACUCCUAUCUAUGAAUUGUAAACAAUAAAUUUGCAGUUUCUAUAAAAAAAAUGCAUGAAAAACUCGAAAUUCAA